UUAUAAAAUAUGUGUAAUAAAACAUAGGAGGAAACAAAAGGAACACUUGAAAGCUCUAAAAAAUAAUAAUUUGUGUUGCAAAAAAAAAGUAAAAAUAAAUAGAAAUUUAUGGUUUCAUCUAAUACGUUAACAAAUAUUAAAAUGACCAACGCAAUAAAAGGAAUAGUGAGCAAAAGAAAAAAGCGCUAUAAACAGGAUGGAUUUAAUUUGGAUCUCACGUAUAUUUGCGACAACAUAAUCGCGAUGGGAUAUCCAGCGAAAAAUUUAGAAGGAGUCUAUAGAAAUCAUAUCGACGAUGUGGUGAAUUUUUUAACUACAAAACACAAUAAUAAUUAUAAAAUAUAUAAUCUGUGUGAGGAGAAAAAGUAUCAGUAUGACAUCACGAAAUUUCAACAAUGUGCAUCCUUUCCAUUCUCUGAUCACAAUCCACCGAAUAUUGAGUUAAUACAAUCAUUUUGUAAUGAUUUGCACAAGUGGCUAUCGGAAGAUCUUAAAAAUGUUGCGGCGAUUCAUUGUAAAGCCGGCAAAGGAAGAACAGGAACAAUGAUAUGCUGCUAUUUGUUACAUAGUAGUCAAUUCAAUACAGCAGCUGAAGCUUUAAAUUUUUAUGGUCAAAAACGAACAACAGAUAAGAAGGGUGUGACGAUUCCAUCUCAAAGACGCUAUGUUGAGUACUAUUCACAAUUGUUGAAAUCAAAUAAGCCAUAUAUAAAAGUAGCAAUGAAUAUAUGUGAAAUUAAGCUAUAUAAUCUUCCUCCCAUCCGUACUUUUGGUACUCUAACAUUUUCCAUAACAAUGGCUGGAACAAAAGUUUAUAAUGAGCAAAUGACAGAGUUGAAGCGCGUUGACAACUAUGUAUCCAUCAAAUUAGAUCGAUGCCUUUUAUUGGUGGGUGACGUAAAGAUUGAGUUUUCAUCCACGCAAAUUUUAAAGCAUAAACAAAAACUCUUCCACUUUUGGUUUAAUACAUAUUUCAUAAACGAGAUAAAUAAUGUCGAUUCUGACGGUAAUGUGAUAUUUGAAUUGAAUAAGCCUGAAAUUGACGAUGCACACAAAGACAAACAGAAAAUGUUCAAUGAAAAUUUUAAAAUUGAAACAAUAUUUCAAAAAAUUCCACAAGGUGGCAAUCACAUUAAUCGAAUGCAAAUUAAUCACACAACAAAUGGAGUUCUUAAUAAUAAUCUUAAUUCACGAUAUAACAAUCUGAUUAAUAAUAAUAAUGAUGUAAAUCAAUAUAGCAGUACAGUUUUGGAUUCUCACAAUUCAGAUAAUCACAAUCACCGUGUCAGUACAAGAAACGCUUCAUCAAGCCAACGAAAUAAUCAAAUUUCAACAAAUGAAUUCCGUCAUAGUCGAGGAGAUAACUAUCAAACCACAUCGGAAGGAUCAAGUAGUCCUGAAUCGUCAUCGGAAUCGUCCGGAGAGGAUUGGGAAUCAGGUUCGCUUGACAAGUUUCAAUGUGAAUUGAAACAGAAACUAAAUCAUAAAAUGUUAAAAAUCAAAAAUCGAACGAAAUGUUUAAGAAAGAGAAUGUCAGAGCCAAUAUCAAAGAAGAGCUCAUUUAGAAGACUUUCAUCAACUUAUCAAAUGGAUGCAAAAAAUAAAGCACAUUCAAAAUCAUGUGCACAUCAAAAGACAUCUUCAAGAAGUCGCUCUGAUUUACAUGUUCCGGAAGCAUGUAAAAAAGAGGUUAUAACGAAAGAUCUUGAUGAAAGGUCACCAGAUCCAAUAUCGUCCUUAAUGAUUCGAUUUGGUUCUUUAUUUCAAAGACGUGGAAGUAGUAAUAAUAAUAAUAUUAAAACACCGGAAAGUAAACAGUCGCCGCUGAGUCAAUCAUCAAAUUCAAUUUGCCAUAUUUCAAGUAAUAAAGAAUGUUCAGCUUUGGGGGAGAUAACUGAAAAUUUCGAUAAAGUUAGACGUGAACUUUUGACACUUAAAAAAUUUCGUGAAGGCUGUGAAUAACGAAAUAUCAUGCAUAUAUAGAAUGAAUUGCUUUAGAAUGGUGACUUCCAGUGCACACACAAAAAAUUAUGUUUAGUGGAUGAACUACUAAGUAGAGAUAUCAAAGAAGAAGAAAAAAAUGUUAAUAGUCUAAAAUUAAAUUUUGC